AUGGCUUCUCUCCCCCCCGUCUACAUUGUGUCCUAUGCCCGUACUCCCGUGGGCUCAUUCCUGGGGUCCCUGUCAAGCCAGACUGCCCCGCAGCUGGGUUCGCAUGCGAUAAAAGCUGCCGUUGAAAGGGCCGAUGGGAUCAAGCCAUCCGAUGUUGAGGAGGUAUUCUUUGGAAACGUACUCUCCGCAAAUGUCGGUCAAAACCCCGCCAGACAAUGCGCUCUCGGCGCCGGUCUUGAGACCUCAACCGUGUGUACUACCGUCAACAAGGUCUGCGCCUCGGGUCUGAAGGCGGUCAUUCUUGGAGCGCAGACCAUCAUGACCGGCAAUGCGGAUAUUAUCGUGGCUGGUGGCACCGAAUCCAUGUCAAACACUCCUCACUACCUUCCCAAUCUCCGUACUGGCGCCAAAUAUGGCAAUCAAACCAUGGUGGAUGGCAUCGUGAAGGACGGUUUGACGGACGUGGGCAAGCAGGAACUCAUGGGACUCCAGGCGGAAGAAUGUGCGCAGGACCACGGCUUUGACAGGCAACAGCAGGAUGACUACGCCAUCAGAUCUUACGAAAAGGCUCAAGCUGCCCAAAAAGCUGGACUUCUGGACGGUGAAAUUGCCCCGGUUGAUCUACCCGGGUUCAGGGGCAAGCCUGGCGUCACCGUAUCGCAGGAUGACGAGCCUAAGAACCUCAACCCUGAUAAGCUUCGUGCUAUGAAGCCCGCAUUCAUUCCUGGCUCUGGGACAGUGACUGCUCCCAACUCCUCUCCCCUCAACGACGGCGCUGCCGCAGUUGUUUUAGUGUCCGAGGCCAAACUGAAGGAACUCAACCUGAAGCCGGUUGCUAAGAUUCUUGGUUGGGGUGAGGCCGCACAGCAACCCAGCAAGUUCACAACUGCCCCGGCUCUCGCGAUCCCCAAGGCUCUCAAGCAUGCCGGAGUUUCCCAAGAUGCGGUUGAUGCAUUCGAGAUUAAUGAAGCCUUCAGUGUGGUUGCUCUUGCCAACUUGAAGCUCCUUGGUCUCUCUGAAGACAAGGUUAACGUUCACGGUGGAGCGGUAGCUAUUGGACACCCUCUUGGUGCUAGUGGUGCCCGUAUUCUGACUACUCUGCUCGGCGUCCUCAAGGCUCAAAAAGGCAAAAUUGGAUGUGCGGGUAUUUGCAACGGCGGCGGUGGUGCGAGCGCGCUGGUCGUUGAGUACGUCGCUUAA